AUGCAAAAAAAUAGUAAAACUUAUAAUUCUGUUUUUUUUUAGCAAGAUAAAUAAAAAAUAGAUUUAGCUUAAACUGAAUCUAAUCUUGUAUAAAGCCCAAGAAUUUCAAUGAAAUAAUGUAUAUAAUAAGCCUAUUUCGAAUAGAUAGAUAUUAAUAAACCUAAUAAAUAAAUUUAAAAUUAUUACUUUUAAGAUAGUAAAAAUUUAAGAUUGUUUAAUAGUCAAAGAAACUAAGAUCGUACAAUAUAAGAGACUGAAGCUUUAAACACUUCUAAUGAAUAAAUUUUAAUAAAUAAAUAAGAUAAAUUCAUUUUGAAGCCUAAUAAGUUGUAGGAUAGGUUAAACUUUAGUUCUUCGCAAAGUAAUGAUUUUAAAUUGCAAUCUUCUCCUAUUUUGUAAACACAAAUUUCAGAGAACUUAAAGAUCAAGCUAUUUUAAACUAAUGGUUAAUUAAAAAAUCAUGAAAAAAUAAGUAAUAAGCUCUAUUAUGUAACUUACAGAGAUUCCUUUUCAAAAUAAAAAAGUGCUCAGCUAAGUGAGAGCCAAGUAAAUUCAAGUAGAACCAAAAAAAACUUAUUAUAAUCCUAGUUUAUUAAUAAAAGCAAAACAACAGGCUUAGAAUUUUAUGAAAAUAAAAAAAACAGUGAUCGUAAACCUCCAAUUGAAGGAAAUCAACAAAGAUCUUUAACUAAAAUUCUGAAGAUGUUUGGGGGUCAAAAAGAAGAAUAAAACUCACCUUAAUAUGAUGAAUAUAAUUUAUUAUAAAUUAAUUCAAAUACUAAGAAAACAUUAGAAUUUGAAAAAAUUGAUUAUGGCAGUACAAAUAAAUUUAAAUUCAAAGAAAAUAUAAGUAAGCCUUUAAGUAGAACAAAUAAAAAUAUUACAACUUCUUCUUCUUCUCACAGGAGUUUUAGUUAAUCAUCAACCUAAAUUAAUUUUAAUGGUAAUAACUAUGGAAAAAGUCCCUAACUAAUUUGCAAAUAUAAAAAUAAUAGAGUAAUCUAAUUUCCAGUGCAAACUUUAAAGUAGCUAAUUUCCCAUAGAAAGUAUGAAGAAAGCUUAAACAGUUAUUUAUAGUGUAACCAAAAUGUGCCAGAUUAGUAAGAUUUUGCAAUAAGAAAAUUUUCCACUCCCAUGAAGGCUGAGUUUAAUAGAAACGAAAAUAAAUUUACUAUAAAAGAAUCCACAGAUUUAAGCAAUUCUGCCAAUUGCAUUCCUUCUUUUAAUAAUAAAUUUGUAAAGCUUGACGAAAUACGUUAGAAAUACAAAAAACAAAGCUCUCUAUGUGUAAUUAUGAAUUAGCAGAAUUCUAGUAAACAAUAGAACCAUGUUUCUAAUAUUACAAUUCCUAUUUGCAAGCAAUCCUAAGAAAGCAGCUUAGCCAAUACAGCCUUUUAAAUAUAAAAGCCAACCUCUCUACUAAAUUCAUUAUUUAAUGUAAAAAGUAAGAAAUUAAUUGAAGAAGAGUUUACUUAGAUAUUAGAUCACACUAAAAUUGAAGAUGAGAAAUAGGAGCUUAUCUUGAAUACAAUUUAAAAUAGAGAAAAAAUCAGUAAUAUAAUCAGACUUAUUGAGGAAUCACCUUUAGAUUGUAUUUAAGGUGACAAUUUGCUGUUUUUAAAUUAAAUUUAUGAAUAAAUUAGUUCUAAUUAAAAUCAUGAAUCUAUUGAGAAAUCAAUAUGCUCUAAUGAUGAAUAAAGUCCUAAGUCUAACUAAACAAAUAAAAAUGAAUAAAAAUAAUUUCUUCUAAAUAUUCUUGAUGAUUCUUACAUGAAAUUUACUUAAUAGGUUCAGAGAGAAACAACUCAAUAUAUAAUAAGCAAAGACAAAAUGCUUCAUUUCUAAUUGUUUCGUUCAUAAAAAGAAAGAAGGAACUUAACAAAGAAGUAGCAUAGAGCAAAUCUAAUAAAAAUUUUAAAUCAAAUUAAGAACUUAAAUUUAACACCAAAAGAAAUUCUUCUAAAUAAUGUUUUCAGCACAAAACCGUUUGAAAAACAGUAUUCGUAUGAGUUCAUUACUGCUGCAAAGCAUAACAAUCUUUUACUGUGUGAUUUUUUGAUUACGAAGAAUAAAUAUCUUGUCUAUGAUUUUGACUAUUUUUAUUUAACGGCUCUGCAUUGGGCAAGCAAAAGAGGUCAUUUGAAAUUAGCUUAAUUUCUAAUUUAAAAAGGAGCUGAUGUAAAUGCCACAGAUAUUCUUGGCAAAACACCUUUGUAUUAUGCUUGCCAGGCAGAUCAUAUCGAUAUAGUCAAAAUUUUGCUGUAUAAUAAAGCCUAUCCUUGGUCAAACAAAUAUAUAAGUUAUGAUUAAUUUGUUAAACAUAAUCCUUAAAUUUCUAAUGCAUUAUUUAAAGCGAGAAAAAUAUAUUCUUUAAUGAAGAUGACUCCAUUCAAAUAAAGAAAUUUGGUUUGGUAGUAAGAACUUGUAGCUUUUUCUUCGAUUUUGGUAUGA